AUGCUCGAGCGCGCUUUUGCUACUACUAGAGGCGGACGCUUCUCUGCCAAGCGCCCUUCCACGGGGAUUGGGAUUGGCCAGCUCGACGCGUUCACUAGCCGCACGCCCAACGCUUUCCUCCCCGUCAUCGCCGCCCCUCGUCCAUUCGCGCUCCUCCCGCUUGUGCCCACCAUGAGUCGCCAAAUUCUCGCUGCCCCAACACAUCAUCGCCUAGUCCUAAGUCUUCCCGUCUCCCCGGGCCUCCGUUUGAUUUGCCUCAAAAGCCCCGACUUCGCCAUGAAGCCCGACGCUGGCCGCGUGUCUCGCCUCGGCCUCGCCGCACUCGUCGCGGGUGUCGUUGCCAUCAGCUUCCUCGCGACCCACGCCAGCGCUCAAGCCAUGUGUACCAGCAACGCCGAUUGUGGGAGCGAUGCUCUGUGCCUGGGCGAGUGCAUUUGCACUAAUGAGGAUCUUAUGUUCAACAGACAAACAAAGAAGUGUGAGGACAUGUGUGCCAGCAAGGACUGUGGGGAAGGUGCCUGCAUUAUGGGUGAUGAUGGCAACCUCCUUUGCACGUGCGGCGCUGGUCUCAGCUUCGUUGAAGACAGCAAGACGUGUGUGCCCAACUGUGACAGGGAUUGUGGCGCUAGUGCUACCUGCGAUUGGCAUGCCGAUACCCUUGGAUGCGAAUGCGUCGAUCAGAAGCUCACCUACUACGAUCCCGACAAGACUUGCUUUGCCCCGUUGCUGCAGACGAAGGUGCAGCUGGUGUGGCCGACCAAGGGCGUGCGGGAGGAGCUCACCUUCUCCACCUCCAUCCCAGCAGAGCAGGCGGGCCGCACCACGGUGUGCAGCACCGUGAGCAACGUCAUUGGAUGGAACACCAAGGUGACGGUGACGGCCACGUGGAAUGCCAGCCUGGCAGCGGCAGGCAACGGCAUGUGCAAGAGCCUGACGCUGUACGGUGGUGCGGACUGCAUGGAGAUGCCGGGCGCCACCAUCACACGCCCUGCAAAGAAGGGGCGUUCCUACCCCCUCACGAAAAGGUCUUUCUUCGAGUCACCGCAAUCAAUUGCUUGUGAGAUCACCACGUGUCACAAGGAUUGCGGAACUGCUGAGUGCAUUGUGAAGGACGGCCAGCAGCAGUGCCAGUGCUCUGAGGGCCUCUUGUUCAACGCGGCCAAGAAGCUCUGCCUCGCUC